GGGAUAAUUGAAUAACCUAGAGGCUUUUGUUGCGCCAUUUUUAUCCAAACGCGCACAAAGCUCUGUCUCGGCACAGAAUCACGGAGAGUGAGCGCUCCCCAAGCUGAACGUGCGAUUGAGUGAUUCUCUCUUCGAGUCUUCUUUCCCGCCCACUCAAUCAUCUCUCUCUUUCCUUUCUCAACGCUUAUAUAUACGCAGAUAUUCGCAUUCGUGCAUUUAUCAUCAACCGCAUAGCCAUUUACCUCAGAGACUGGAGCCGAAGAAGAAAAAAAUUAUAUAUGGAAGGCGGCGGAGGAAGAGGUUCGGAAUGCCAGAAGACUAUGGAUGUGAAGGCGAAUGAUAAUGGGAAUGCUUUCGAUAAGGCUUUUAUUCCAACCUGUUGCUUGAAACAUGGAUCAUUGGACCCUGAGUUUGAUGCCAAAUGCCACUCAACAGUUGUUCCGGGAUGGUUCUCAGAAGUUGGGUCCUGCUCCGGUAAAGGUGGCAAGCGAGUUUAUUUUAAUAGCCCAAUGUGGCCAGGAGAAGUACAUUCACUGGAAGUAGAAAAGAUGCUGUUCAAGGAGAAGUCAGAGUUCCAAGAGGUCAUGGUUUUUGAGUCCUCAACAAAUGGGAAAGUGCUUGUACUUGAUGGUAUUGUUCAGUUGACUGAGAAAGAUGAAUGCGCCUAUCAGGAGAUGAUAACUCAUCUCCCACUUUGUUCAAUACAAUCUCCAAAAACUGUUCUGGUUGUAGGUGGUGGUGACGGUGGAGUUCUUAGGGAGAUUUGUCGCCACAGUUCAGUUGAGAUCAUUGAUAUUUGUGAGAUUGAUAAAAUGGUUGUAGAUGUUAGCAAAAAGUUUUUCCCAGAGUUAUCCAUUGGCUUUGAGGAUCCUCGAGUUCGGCUUCAUAUUGGUGAUGCUGUUGAUUUUCUACGAUGUGCACCUGAAGGAAAGUAUGAUGCAGUUAUUGUUGAUUCAUCAGAUCCUGUUGGUCCUGCCCAGGAACUUGUGGAGAGGCCAUUUUUUGAGAUGAUUGCAAAAGCACUGAGGCCUGGAGGUGUUGUUUGCAAUAUGGCAGAAAGUAUGUGGCUUCACACUCAUCUCAUUCAAGAUAUGAUUUCUAUUUGCCGGGAAACUUUUAAGGGUUCUGUUCACUAUGCAUGGGCAAGUGUUCCUACAUAUCCAAGUGGCGUGAUUGGAUUUUUGAUAUGCUCAACAGAGGGUCCACCUGUGGACUUUCUUCAUCCUAUCAAUCCUAUUGAGAAAAUAGAGGGAGCACUCAUGCAUCAAAGAGAAUUGAGGUUUUACAACUCUGAGAUUCACAGAGCUGCUUUUUCCUUGCCAUCAUUUGUCAAGAGGGAGGUCUCUCUUCCGAAUUCUCCAUCCCCAGCUAAGCGGCUUCGUGGUUUGCAGUGAAAUUUAGCUGCCCUAUUUGUUUUUCUUCUAAAAUGGAUGCACCCCCACGCUAGAGUGGAGGUGACUGUUGAUUAGUAAAUAACUUACUGUGUAGCAAGCAUUAAUGCAGCCAUUAUAUUUCGCUA